AUAUAACUGAAUGUCUGAUUGAAUAGAAAGUUGUGAUCAUUUGAUGGACUGUUAGUGUGUUUGCAAUGAGUGUAGAGUCGGGUCACUGUUCGGUGAGUUCGGGCGCCGACUCGGCUGUCAUCGCGUCGAUUGUGUCGCGAGUGAAAAGUGGGGGUAUUUUCGAUCAGUUCCGACGCGAAUGCCUUUCGGACGCCGACACGAAGCCAUCGUUUCAGAAUCUGUUGCAGAGAGUGGAGGGCUAUGUCUCGAAGUUCUUAAGCCAACAGAAGUGGAGCCCAAAUAUCAAUAAAAACCAAUUGAGAGAAAGGCUUCGCAAACAAAUCAAUGAGUCAGGAAUGCUUAAGUAUGGUAUCGAGCAUUUGGUGGAACAAGUGGUCAAUUAUAAAAUCAAUUCACUAUUUUGGCCGCAAAUUGAAAACGUGGUCAAAGACUUCCUCGGCAUUCAAGAUAUUCAAGUGAUUCCUUCGCAACCUUUGCCUCAAAUCACCAAAAGUUUGUCCAAAACUAAUUCAAAGAGUAGUUUAAAAAGCGAUGAGAUCAAUUAUCAAUCGGCGAAGAUCGAAACGCGUUGA